AUGGCUGUCCCCAUAUCGCGAUCCCGCUGUCUCCUCGCCUCGUCCGCCUCCACAAUAAAGUCUGUCCCGCGCUCGCGGACGCCGCUGAGAGCCUUUGCCACAACCUCCGAUACGCCGCAACCACCAGCCCCAGACGCCUCUGCAAAGCGCACACGACCCUCGACAUCCUUCAGCGAUACACUGAAUGCCGGCCCUUCGUUUGGCGACUUUGUCAACCCCAAUGCGCCCCUCUCUCCCGCCGAAGCAUAUGAAAUCAAAACUGUCCAAGUAGGCCCAGAGGGGCGCAAAAAGACAAUCACACGACUGCCCGAGUGGCUGAGGACGCCAAUUCCCUCGAAUGCAAACCAAAACUACAAGCAAAUCAAAAAGGACCUGCGCGGCUUGAACCUGGCCACCGUGUGCGAGGAGGCACGAUGUCCCAAUAUUUCAGACUGCUGGGGCGGCAGUUCCAAGAGUGCGGCGACGGCGACCAUUAUGCUCAUGGGCGACACAUGCACGCGGGGCUGCCGCUUCUGCGCUGUAAAGACGUCCAAAGCGCCCCCACCACUCGAUCCCCACGAGCCUGAGAACACGGCUGAAGCAUUGCGAAGAUGGGGCCUGGGAUAUGUAGUCAUCACCCUCGUGGAUCGAGAUGACCUCGCCGACUCGGGCGCGCACCACAUUGCCGAGACGAUUAUGAAGAUCAAGCAAAAGAACCCGACACAGCUCGUCGAACUGCUGGGAGGAGACUACGGAGGCAACCUGGAAAUGGCAAAGGUUGUUGCGCGAAGCGGCGUCGAUGUCUUUGCGCACAACAUUGAAACCACGGAGCGCCUCACACCCUUUGUGCGAGACCGAAGGGCAAAGUUCAGGCAGAGUCUGGAUGUGCUAAGGUCCGCCAAGGAGGCCCAGCCAGAGCUCAUCACAAAGACGAGCAUGAUGCUGGGUCUAGGAGAGUCUGAGGAAGACGUCUGGCAUGCGUUGCGGGAACUCCGCGCAAACAACGUCGACGUCGUAACCUUUGGCCAGUACAUGCGCCCUACCAAGCGCCAUUUGGCCGUCCACGAAUACGUUACUCCCGAUAAAUUUGAACUCUGGCGCCAGCGCGCUCUCGACAUGGGCUUCCUGUACUGCGCCUCUGGUCCUCUUGUCCGCUCCAGCUACAAAGCAGGCGAAGCCUUUAUCGAAAACGUACUCAAGAAGCGAAGACUCGGCGCCACAGCCAAGCCCGAAGUUGCUGAUCUCAGCGCUGCGGGCGAAGCCGAAAAGCCCUUGUAAACUGUAUUACAAAGUAAAUGGUUUUUGCAAAACUAAGAAAAGCCAUUUACACGCGCAUAUCCCAUGUUUUCAGGGUUUCGCUUCAACUCGAUCCUGUAACCCAGCUGUAUGAUUUCACCCGUUGGGGCUAUUUAUAUGCGUGACAUGAUUUGUGUACACUCAUCCUAUUAACGACCUUUUUAUCGUCCACCCUAAAGCGGCAGUGUAACGAUAGCUAAUGCACAAACCACUUCUACCAUCCAUAAC